AGCGCGGCGGAGCUCCGGCUGUGCUGUGAUCCCGCUGUGGGUGCAGUUGUCCGCGCGUGUGGGGUCCUCACCCCUUGGAAAUAAGCCGGUCUCCGCCCUCAGACCAGUCAGCUGGUGGGAGGCGGUAGCGGCGUGCUACGGGCGUAAGGCCGGUCCCGGGUCCCUGCCCGGGGCAGGCGGCCCGGCGGACGGGGCCGUCCGGGCAUAGAUAGCCCCGGGCUGCCCGUGCCGGAUGCGCCUUUGUUGGAGGAGGGGGGACUGCGGAGCGCGGCGGAGCCCGGGGGCGAGCGAUGGCGCCGAGGGCGCGAGGAGUGGAAGCGCCCCAUGCGGAGCGCCCUGACCUGGUACCUCUGCGCUAAUGCCCUCCCCAAGCAGGGCCGGCGCUCGGGGUCGGCGGAGCCGGACUACGAGUUCCAGGUCCGCGGCAGCUGCGCCGUCGCCUGCCGCCCUGGAGCCCGCGGAGUUGGAGUUGGGAACGGGCGAUGGCCACCACGUGCGGCACAGGAGCGACCGGGAGAUGCCCGAAGUGUGAGCAUAGCGAUAUAUCACCUCAGAAAGAACAGACAUGGAAAUAGAUCCUUGAAUAUUUUUGAUGAGAGAUUACAUCCACCCACACAAGAAAAGGUUCCAGAGGAAUAUUUUAAGCAUGAUCCUGAACACAAAUGGAUUUAUAGAUUUGUUCGUACUCUUUUUAGUGCUACAUGGCUGAGAGUUGAAUGUGCAAUAAUAAGUUUGUUCUCUCACUGUCCUUGUCAUGCGGGAUGCGACAUCUGGCACCCAACGUGGGGCUCGAGAGGGAAGGAUGACUACGCGUCGAAGCUAAAGGAGAAAUAACGGUGAAAGGGCCCGGGAGGUGUCGCGAUAACUACCGGACAAGGAGGCCCAGAAGAACGUUCUAUGUGGGUACCUGGUCGGUGUGUCAAACCUCACCAUGAAUAACAGCUCACCGAAAAUCGACCUGACCGGCAGCCAAAAGAAGAGAAACAACCAGCGGAGAAGAUAGAUGGCUGAGACCAUUUGUGGGAUCAGAUGUCUACACCAAACUCCAGCUCCUCCCUGGAGAGGAAACAUUCUCCAUGGCUGCGGAAGGACUCUCUGCUUUAAAUCCCAUUAAUUGGAUAAAGACUUUGGUUGAAAGGUUUGCGGGUGCAAUGGCAAUUCUGUUUAUUAUUCUCUGUUUGUUUUGUUUAGUCCUCAAAUGUGGACAAAAAACCCUCUGAAGGGCAUUGAAUGAAAAAUCCACUAAGUCUGUGUUUCUCAUACUGCAAAAAACAGAAAGGGGGAGAUGUUACCAUGCAACUGUCCAGCCGUUUGUCUCUCCGCGCUUACCCCUAAACUGACCCUUUGCAGGACACUGCUCAUAACCUUGCGUCUCCCUGUUUGGCCCCAAAAGAUGGCUGGUUAGCCAAUGAUGGGUAAGAUUCCUCGAGGCAGGAACAACCUAAGACAGGCACAGUCGUGUGGGAGCCAUCAGGAGAAAUCUCGGGGCUGAUGGAAGUGGGUAAAAGUCCUCACCUGCCCCCAAAGAGACUGGAGGUCUACCUCUGUAGCUACAUUCCUUCCCGCAACCUGCUUGGGAAGUGACCUGAUGAUGUGAUAGUACCUGUCCUCAGCAUAAUAAUCUUAUUUCCCUGGGUUGUAUGCGUAUUGGUAUAUGAAGGCAGAGCAUUUGUCUGAUCUCCGUGGGCGGACUUUCGGUAAUAGCAGCUUGCAGGCAUGGGUAAUCUGGCAUGAGCAAGUUCUCAGGAAUGAGACUCACAGACUGUGGAGACAACAGUGCUACUUCCGGGUAUGUGGAGAAAUAAAAGCUGUGUGUUGGCCAGAUUCGGGGCUUUCAGUCCUGUGAAGCUGGAGACCUUUGGCCACAGUCUCAUUUAACUCUUGGCUGCUGUUUCUUUUUUCUCUUCUCUUCUCUUCUCUUCUUCUCUUCU